GGGUUGACUACAGUACCCACAUUCGCAGCGUCCCCUGCUAUCCGACAAGAUUCAAUGUCAAACACGUUCUGACUGCCUGUUGCAAGUCAAUGAGUGUACACAAUGCAAUCGGAAGACAACCCUCGCUUCACCCACUUCUCCUGCCAAUCUCAUAAAGUCACAGUAGCUUCCAACUUUGAAGGUCUCUUGACCGAUCCGUCGGAGCAGUCUCCAGACAUCAAUGAUCUCAAAGUCAAUGCGUGGUGGUUAGAUAUUCGCGAUGCCUCUGAAGAAGAUGUCAGGGUUGUUGGGCAGGCACUGUCCAUCCACCCGUUAACAGCCGAGGACAUCGUCACGCGAGAGACACGUGAGAAGAUCGAAACCUUCCGGAACUAUUAUCUGAUCUCAUUCCAGACUUUGCUGUCUGCUACGGAGGGCGACUACUUGGGCCGCAGCAAGUCUCUCACCACUGAUCCUCGUACAAUCCCUGACUCGGCCGGCUUCUAUAUCCUCGUCUUCAAGAACGCCAUUGUCACCUUCUCGCCCAGAGGCUGUAAUCAUGUUUCGCGGGUGCUGGACCGAAUUCACCGGAUGCAAGAUCCAUCGAUCAUGUCGAGCGAGUGGAUAUGCUAUGCAUUGAUCGACGAUAUCGUUGACAGCUUCGGCCCCUACAUGCGAGCCGCAGAGCGUGACUGUGACGCCAUCGAAGACCAAGUCUUCAUGGCGCGGGCCGACGACAUUAAGGCCAUCAUCCCACUGGUCGAUCGUCUUCACAAAAGCAUCAGCCAGCUUACCCAUUGCCUGAGCGGGAAAGCUGAGGUCCUCAACGGAUUCGUCAAGCGCUGUCAGGCAAAAAGUCAGAACGCCGUCUUCUCGAAAGCGGAGAUGAUCGUGUACUUGGGCGACGUGCAGGACCAUCUGGUGACCACGUUGACCAAUCUGUCCCACUUUGACGAGAUUGUCGGUCGGUCGCAGGCUAACUUUCUAGCACAGAUGAGUGUUAACAACAUCCGGCUGAGCUUGAAUAUCAACGAGAUCCUGAGUAAGGUGACGGUUCUUGCGAGUAUCUUUGUCCCGUUGCAUAUGAUCACGGGGCUGUGGGGCAUGAAUGUGCCGGUUCCUGGGCAGGAUGCUGGUGGGUUGGGAUGGUUCUUUGGGAUUGUGGGAUGUUUUGUUGUGUUUAUUAUUGUUUGCUGUAUACUCUCGAGGAGGUUGAAGCUGUUGUAGAUGUUUUCGAACGUACAGAAUUGGUUGUCUAUACUUCCAGAAGUAGUUACCCAGAAUAUAAGGCAUUGUCUGAG